GUCGCGUUUGAACGCGUCGGCGCGGACGCGGACCAAGAGUUUGUGGAGCGUGUUUGUCUUGUCGUAAAAAGAGCAAUCGGAUGGACGUUUGAAGCUUCAUAACGAUCUAAGAUGGUACCAUCCAAUACUUCACCGACGGGCUCGAGUCUAAAGUGAUCAACUCGGGCUGUCAUCGCGUCACAUCAUGACGGCGAUGAGCUACAAGUUCAACGGUCUGUUCAGCAUCGGUGAGGAGUUUGACGAUGAGGACCUGCUGGACUCUGCCCCGCCUUUACCACCUGGACCUGCUGGGACGGCAGAUGCUGGACCGUGCGGGACUCUGCGCGCCCCCUCGGUGAAAGCCUGUCAGACCAGUGGCCCGUCUGAUGGUUUGACUGUGAGCAAAGCUCCGGCCAGUGCUCAGCCUUUGAGGCAGAUCUCGUCUGCUCCCUGUCUCCGUCCUUCUGCACCGGGUCAGACCGGGCCACAGACGAAACCUGCUGCUGCUGCUGCUGCUGCUCAGGACGACUUUGACGACUGGGACGUGGACCUGGCUGACCUGGAGGAGUGGGACCAGUGCCCUCAACCCAUGCCGCUUCCUCCGGCCACUGUCCCGAGAGGAAGUCUGAGGCCGCUUCGCCCCCCUGAGCAGCCGCCCCCCCGCCUUCCUGCUCCUGUGCAAAUCCCAAGUCCUCUGCCACAGAGUCCUACUGUGUUCUCAGGCUUCAGUGCCACUUCCCCUCUUCCAAGGACUCACAACCAGCCGCCAAAGAGAACCUGGGCCACUCCAAGAGCUGCUCACCAACCCCCCCACAGCCUCUUCGGGACCGUCUCCCCCGCUCCCUCCCCUUCCUCGCUGGCCUCCCCCUCCCCUCUGAACACACCGGUCCUCACCAACCGUCUGGUGCAGCUGGUGUCUGCCUCCAGUCGUGUGACCAAGAAGCGGCCAAGCUCAGAGCCUCGCCCGCCCAGGACCCGGCGCUUUCCUGGACCUGCUGGACUGCUGCCUCAGCAGCCGCAGGGCCAAAGUCUGAAUGACAUCGUCAUGCCUGUUCCUCAGCCUCCUGCUGAUGGCGCUGUUGCCCGGAUACCAAGUCAGGAUUCCGGCUCUCAGACUGACGAUGAAGAGUUCAGCGGCGCCGCCUGGGCGGCCAUGAAGGCCGAGAUGGGACUGGACGAGAGGAACCCCUUGUGCUUCCUGCGCUCCUUCAGCGUCAUCAUGGUGCUCCGCAAGGCGGCUUUCAAGCAGCUGGAGAAGAACAAAGUGCCCAACAUGGCCGUCAUGCUGAAGAGCAUGGUCCACACGCAGGCUGACGCCAAGGCUGUGUUCAGAGAUCCCACAGCCAAGUCCAGUUUUGCUCCUGAUGCUGUGGUGCUUGUUGUUGAAGGGGAGAUUCAGGGCACAGUGCACCGGCGCCUCUUGGAGGAGCGAGCGGGGGAACUGAAGCCCGGCGUCGUCCUGCUCCUCAAACAGGUGGGUGUGUUCUCGCCGUCCCACCGGAACCACUACCUGAACGUCACGCCCAACAACCUGCUCCGGAUCUACGGCGCAAACGGCGUUGCCCUCACCUCCACACCGCUCCCGCCUCAGAUCCUGAACCCGUACACGUCGGGGCGCUGCGCUGGCAGCGGGCGGCAGCCUGUGUCUCGGAUGCAGCUGCUGUUUGAUGAGGAUGAGGAAGAGCAGGUGGAGGGGCACGUGGGCGGAGCCGACCCGCGACCUACGGGGAACUCUGGCUGGGACGAAGACGACGACCUGGACGACCUGUUGGGGCAGCUCCCAGACGACACCUACAGUCUGUGAUGAGAACUGCAGCUGAAUGAUCCAGGAAUCUAAAAAAACUGUACAUAUGUGAAUGUUUUGCGACGACCCAGAGUGGGUGUGAAGUAUUUAUGUUGCUGCUAUGACUGACGUGUCUUUGAGAGACCAAGUAAACAAGUUAUUUUCUUCA